AUGUCGUUGAAAAGUAGGAAAGAGGUAUUUAGGGGUGAUGGGAAUGAAGCGGUUGAGGUCCAAAUUGUGGGAUGUCAAUCAAAUCCUUUUCCUUUUCUCUGCCCUGGCGGAAUCGAUGGUGAUGACAACAACAACAGGAUUGCUACUCUACUCUUACGACCAAGUCGCAUCUAUCGCCACUUUGCCCAAAGAGGUGCUGCUCGCACGUUGACCGGCCAACAAAAGAUCGAUUCAGUCAUCCCUGAAACACCUGCUAUGCCACCAAGAGAAAAGCGAGAGGCGCCCUUCCAGCUUUCACCAGAACAGCUAGCCCUCCAGGCUGCCCGGCGCGAACUCAAGGCCCAAAAGGAGGCUGCUAAACUCGCUGGCUACCGACGCAUCUCGCUCUGCCGAGGAGAAUGCUGUAACGAUAAUGACGUGGAAUGUGAGUUGAAACGGCUGCUGCUGCUGCGAGCUUGGCCGCCACAAGCACAAGCCCUUGGUACUGACGGACAGUCACUUCUAGGUCUUGGCCCAAUCUCUCGUCCGUAUGUAUAUAUUGGAUCGCCGUUCGAUGAAUUGACCCGAAGUUUCAUCCUAGGAAGGGAGUUGUUCCCGGGCAAUGACGCGCUAAAAGUUAGUAUGGUUCCAAUAAUAGCGACGCACAGUUUUUUCGAAGAAACCAAUAUUGGGUUAGGAAGCAGACCAAUUAGACGUGCUCCUUCCUGCCCUGAAAUCCCGGUAUUCGUAUAUUUACGCGUCAGGGCGGUCGAAGAACCAUGGUUGUAUGUCUAUUACGACGAGGAGGAUAUAAGAGUGGGAACUCCCGAUGGGGUGGACUCGGCAGAGCAAGCGGCCAUAUGGCGAAAGGGAACCAGCAGGAGAACGGGAAAUAUUGCCUUGCUCGUAGGGUUGCGAGACAAGCGAGACCGUGCCAAGGGAUUUGUCGUGAACGAACAAAACCUGAACCUCCCUCCGGAUGACAUUACCUACUCUCUGCUGGUAGGCGAGACCGUCACCGAAUCCCAAUACGAAGCUUUCAACGAGUCUCGAGUGGUCCACGUAUCCAUAGACCCUUCGAUCGGUUUCACUGAGGAAUCCAAGCUAGAGGAUGAGGAAAACGAUCCGGAUAGAAAGGUUUGGAACUGCCGACCUUGUACCGACGCUGACGGGUUACUACGUGCGGAGGAGCUGGAAGACAUGUUCAAGCAAGUGAGUGUGUACGACGAGGCGACAAGGAAGUUGCCGCCGGACGGUAUUGAAAGAUCCGGUCAACGGUUUCCACACCUUGAAGGAAGGAAAGGAGCAUUUGAGCCGAUGUUCACGAGCUACACCCACUAUUGGAAGUCAACACUAGGUACGCAUAUAGCUCCUGACGACAACAAACAUAAAGAAGAUUUAGGAACAGGACUGCCCAAGAAGGGUGUCUGUGGAUCUGAUCAUCAUACCUCAUCUUGCAGUCGUCCUGUACCUUAUUUGCGCACACAAUGGGAUUCUAGACGAAUUGUUGAUAAUUGUGAGCAUAGUUGUAGAGGUACAGAAAAUAGUGGCGUAAAUGUUGGUGGCUGUUCAGUGUCUGUGAAAAAUGGUCGAAAAGUCGGCACUGGUGGGCCUGAUUUUGGGGAAUAUCAUAGUGGUAACUGA